GUAAAAAAAAUUUGUAAACAUUUCAAAUCAUCAAAUAAUUAGUCAAUUAUUUAAUUAGACAGAAUGUUUUUUAUUUAAAUAAAUUAUAAAAUUUAUAACAAACAUUUUUAUGUUUUAAAACAAGUUUAAUAGUACUCAAUAAUUGAUAUUAUUAUUUUAUCCUGUAGGUUAUAUUUAUAACCUACACAAUAUAUUAAAUUUUAAAAGUUUAAAUAAAAAAAUGUCUGAGGAUAAUUUCAGAGAAAAAAUAUUUUUAUUCGAAUUUCCCACUUGUACUACUGGUCAAAAGUACUCACUAGAAAUACCAUUGAAAAUUCCAUACAGUGGAUCAAUUAAAGAAUUGACAUAUCGAGUAAUGAGUGCAUUUAAAUUGCCCUGUUAUGUAGAGAAAGAUUUAUUAUAUUCUCUGGAAGAAAAAGUAAAAGAGUGGACGCAAAAUUAUUACGAUGAGCGGGAUGAGAAACAGAUAAAAUCAGCGCAGAAUGGAGAAGUCGACGUUGAAAAGAUAAUUAAAAAUUGGGAAAAAGCUUACAGAGAAAAAACAGCCGAGUACGCGCAGCCCAUGGGUACAACCGAUGAAGAAUUAUUUGCAGCGGCUUAUCACAAGCUCGUUCACUCGCCGUCUUUGGAACCGAUUUUACAAGCAGAGCAUAAAUAUGGCAGAGAUGUUACUGAAGUUAUACAGAUUAAAAACUCCGAAUAUGAUCAGUUGACGCAAAAACAAACAGAAGAAAUGCGAGUCGCGGUUGAAAAAUUAGAAUUAGGAUCAACGGAAAAAUCAAUAAAUGAAAUGGCGGCGAGACAUUUUGAAGAACAAAGUCUACUACAGGGUCAUUGGGGAUCAAGAAUAGAUGCGUUGAAAUUAGAACAACGACGACAGUAUCGUAAUUGGAUCAUGAGAUUACUUGAGGAGCAACAGACUAAUAUGUUACCGACUCCAGUUGGAUCGCCGGUAGUGCCCAUGCCAUUUGCACCAGAAAUCACUGAGACGGUGGAUACUAAGGAAAAAAUAAAAGCGUCUGAUUAUCCGCAGCUGGAAGAAAGUUUUACAAUCCAUUUAGGAUCACAAAUGAAACAAAUGCAUAACAUACGAAUUUUAACCGGCGACGUACUGGACUUUUGUCGCACUAAAAAUAAUGCAUCGAGCAUGGAACCAACUCCUCAAAGACUGCAAACAGCCUUAGGAUUAUACUCAAACGACCUUUGCGGUAUUGUCGUACUGAGUGACAAUCACUUAGGAAGUUACUCAGGCAUCACUAAAGAAUUAUCAACUAUAUGCCAACUGACAACGGAGUUUCAUUUUCCUUCAAUGGAAGAGCAGUUGGAAAAAAUACGGGAUGAUGUAAAAGAAGCUGUCGCCUGGAGACAAGCUCAUCAUAAAGAUACUAAUGAUUUACCAGUCAAAAAGUCUGCGUCAAGUAAAUCAUUGCAGACUGGAGAUGUUUUUAUUACAAGACAUUCUAAUUUAGCUCAGGUUCACGUUAUUUUUCAUAUGGUCAUUAACGAUUCAUUGAGAUCAGGAGAUAUAAAUUCACGCCAUCCAGCAAUAUUGGGAUUGAGAAAUAUUUUAAAAACAGCAUGUUGUAAUGACGUAACAACACUUACUAUUCCUGUGUUACUAGUCCACGAAAUGACAGAAGAUAUGACUGUCGCAUGGUGCACAAAACGUGCUGAGCUUGUAUAUAAAUGUGUGAAAGGUUUUAUGAUUGAAAUGGCGUCCUGGGGAGGAGCUGAACUUAAAAAUUUACAAUUUCUCCUUCCCAAAGGAAUGUCUGAAGAAGUUUUUGGCACUCUUGCAACAAUGUUGCCUAGUAUCUUUCGUGUUUCUAAUCCAUUGGUGUUCAAAGUUACCAAUGCGCCAGUUACACCAAAAAAAUAAUUUUUUAUUCUCCACACUAAAAAAUUUUGGUGUAAAAAUGGUCCCCGAGAACUUUACACGGCCGUGUAGUGUGAAAUAUUGGUGUAAAAAAUCCUCGGUGUAAAUUAUCCAUUGGUGUAAUCAUGACACGGUGUAAUUAAUUUUUUACACCAUUCCGGGUUGUAAUUUUGAUUAAUAUUAAAUAGCAUUUUGAAAAUUUGAAUAUUUUUAUGCAUGACGGUGUAAAAAUUUUUAAUCCACCGUCUAAAUUUAACACGAUAUUUGGUGUAAUUUCACACCAAAAUUCUUACACCGAGUCCAAAAAUUUUUUAAGUAAGUAUGUGAGCCGCUAGUUUUUUUCAAUCUGAGUAAAAGUUUUUUUUGGUAAUUUUAUUAAAAAUUUAACACUUAGGCCUAAUUAAAUUUUUUAUCUAAAUUUUAAAAAAGUUCUGAUUGAUUUUUAAAAAUUUAAAAAAAUUUUUUUAUUGUUCCCAUGGCAAUAAUUUUAAAAAUAAAUUUUUCAAGUGCAUUUGCUGUCAAAAUUUUAAGCUUAAAAUUUUUUUUAAUUUUAACGAAGAAAAAAAAAUCUUAAAGUUUAAAAAUUUAGCGGUCGCUUAAAAAUACCGACGACGAAACUCUGAUUAAAUAAUUAAGUAUUAUAACGAAAUUAUUUAAAAUAUAAAUAAAAAUCUGUGAUUAUUUGCUCAUUUUUAUAUUAAUAAAAAUAAUUUAUUAAUUAAGUUUAUUACAACAAACGUUAAUAUGAUUAGAUAUAAUAAUUACGUGCAAUAAAUA